CGCCGCUCGAACGGCCUACAAAUAUAUGCAUCGAGCUCAAAACCUAUCAGGCCCGAGUUCCCCUGACCUAAAUGUUCGGUUGAAUUGAAGAAUAAUCAUGGAAUCCUCACCACCAGGCUUCACUCUCUUUCGGGAACUCCCCCUCGAACUCCGUCUCAAGAUCUGGUCCUUUAUCGCACCCGGCCCUCGAACCGUGUCCAUCAAAUACAAGGGCCUCUCAUGCUAUUCAACCGGGAAGGGAUUUUUGGCAGCCGCCGACUGGCGAAGUCCUGAUCCAAUUCCCAUCGUCCUGCACAUAUGUCGAGAGUCCCGGACUGAAGCUUUGAAAUCUUACCAGCUUGCAUUUGGAUCAUAUCUCCACCCUGGAAGAAUUUAUUUUGAUUUUUCCAAAGACACUUUGCGGUUUGGGAAUAGUCACAGAGAUGCUUAUAUGACCGUGCCGGAGAUGUUGCAGAGUGGACCGAUUGAUUACUUGCUUGAUGUCUUUCUUGGCGGGGACCCUUGUGGAGCGGACGAUGCGGAGAAGGUGAAGUACAUGAUCACCGAUAUUGAUGAGAGUGUUUAUGGGAGGAGGGCAUUUUGUUGGAAUGAGAUUCGUCUUUUCACGGGGUUGAAGAAGUUGACGAUUAUGCCUCGGGAUGAGGAUGAGAUGGCAGACGAACUUAUGAGAGGGUAUCAGGAUACAUUGAGAAAUGUUGCGAGCAAGCAUCUUGAGUGGGUGGUUCCACAAAUUGCGGUCGUUUCAGCAACGUCUGGGGCACUAUGGGGGACGUUGGAGCUCGAGACGUCGGACUGAUGCUCUUCUUGAGUAGGAGUAAAUGGGCUUGAGCGGGAAAUAUACAUCCUGAUUUUUUGGGUAAUGGCUUCCCUGAUCAUUGUACGAAAGCAAGAGUUGCCAAAACAAAAGCAUCAAAUCCGGGGUCUACCAAGAGAGCUUUCCACUCUAAGAAUUGAAUCAAAUGAAGUAUACCAAUACCCUGUAACGCGUUACUCUCUUUUUGCUCAACCAAUCAAGGCGUUUUCCAAUCUCAACAGAGAGGAACCCCAUGCGAUGAAGGUGGCCUUUUUC